AUGGAGAACCGCGACCCCUCCACCCCCCACCUCCCAGACCUCCCCAUCCUCAUCCUCACCCUCCUCACCAUCUCCCUCCUCCUCACCCUUCCCCUCCUCCUCCUCCGCACCCCCACCUCCAGCGCCCCACAAGUCGGCCGCGCCACCGGCCUCUCCAGCCUCUUCAGCCACUACAACUCCGGCCUCCACUGGCUCUCCUCCUCCUCCUCCCUCAUCGCCGAAGGCAUGUCCCGCCACGGCGCGCACGGCAAGCCCUUCAAGAUCCGCAGCUACUCCCGCUGGAUCACCUUCCUCACGUCGCCGUCGCAGCUCCUAGAAGCGCGGCAGCUGCCCCUCUCGGUGCUGUCGUACCGCGAGACCGCGGACGAGGCCCUGCAGACGGAGUACACGCUCUGCCGCGGGCUCAUGAAGAGCGCCUGGCACAUGAAGCCCAUCCAGCGGGACCUGACGGCGAAGCUGGCGCGCGCCAUGCACGAGGUUCAGGAAGAGGCGGCCGCGGCGUGGGCGGAGAGCGCCGAUGUCGGCGCCGGCGCCGGCGCCGGGUGGACGAGGGUGGGCGCGCAUAGGGCGAUGGUGGAUGUUGUUUCGAGGGCGACGAACCGCGUGCUUGUCGGUGCGGAGCUGUGCAGGAGUGGGGAGUACAUGGCGGCCGCCACGGCGCUCGCGACAAGGGUUGUGGCCACGGCGGGGCGGCUCGAGAUGUUGCCGGUGGUGGUGAGGCCGUGGGCGGCGAGGUGGAUGCUCUGGGGGGAUGCACGGCUGGAGACGUUUCUGAGGCAUACGGGCCCCAUAUUUGCGGAGCGGAGGCGGCGGCAGGGGACGUGGGGGGAGGGUGAGAAGCCCGAUGACGCUUUCCAGUGGAUCUUGGAGGCUGCGCCGGCGGGGGCGAGCUUCCGUCAUAUGGCGUUUACACUGGUCUUUUUGAACCUGGCAUCGAUCCAUACCACGGCGGGCACGCUGACGCAGGUGCUCUUCGACCUGUGCGUGCAUCCGCACUACCAGCCGCUGCUCUGUGAGGAGGCCGAGGAGGCCCUCAAGGACGGGCUCUCCAGCAGCGCCCUGGGCAGAAUGAAGAGGCUCGACAGUGUCAUCCGCGAAACGCUGCGUAUGAGCCCUACCAAUGUCGCUGUUACUAUUCGGAAGGUCCUCGCCGCGCAUACGUUCAGCGACGGCACCCGUGUGGGGAGGGGGUCCUGGGUUGCUGAGCCUGUGGUGCACGCUAAUGGCUCGAGGGGGUGCUAUGAUAGGCCGGAGGUCUACGAUGGAUUUCGGUUCGUGGAUAUGGCCGGGGGGAGAAAUCAGUGCGCGAGCACAUCGGUGGAGUUUCUGUCGUGGGGCCACGGCGCGAGUGCGUGCCCGGGAAGGUUCUUCGCGGUUGCGGAGAUGAAGAUUGUGUUGGCGUAUAUACUCUGCAACUAUGAGAUUAGGUUCCAGCCAGGUGUGGUCGAGAGGCCGAAAAGCUCUACGAUCGGGAUUUUCCAGGUUCCGGAUGCAAGUGUGGAGUUGGAGUUGAGAAGGAGGAAGGGGAGGGAUGAAUAG